AUGGGAUCCUGUUGUGGUUGUUUGAGACCGGAAAGCGAUAGUUCCAAUCAACCAUUGUUACAGCAAAACGAGCGUAAUGCAAUUGCUGAACUUCUCAACUAUCUUGAGAACCGUAACGAGGUGGACUUCUUUAGCGACGGUCCCCUCAAUGCCCUUAGUAUUCUUGUUUACUCAGACAAUUUGGACCUUCAGCGCAGUGCUGCCCUUGCCUUUGCCGAAAUAACAGAAAAAGACGUCAAACCAGUAGGCAGAGACGUGUUCCUUCCAAUCUUAUCCUUACUUAAAAGUACCGAUUCUGAAGUCCAACGUGCCGCCUGCGCUGCCCUUGGUAACCUCGCAGUCAACAACGACAACAAAGUAUUGAUUGUUGAAAUGGGCGGGUUGCAACCGCUCAUCAAGCAAAUGGAAUCAGUCAACACCGAAGUCCAAUGUAACGCUGUCGGUUGUAUCACCAACUUGGCCACCCAAGACGAUAAUAAAGCUAAAAUUGCUAAAAGCGGGGCUCUAGGCCCAUUGACCAGAUUGGCCAAAAACCGAGACUUGAGAGUCCAAAGAAACGCUACUGGAGCUUUGUUAAACAUGACACACUCGUUUGAAAAUAGACAAGAAUUGGUGAACGCCGGUGCCGUGCCAGUGUUGGUUGGCUUGUUGUCUUCUGUUGACCCUGAUGUCCAAUACUAUUGUACCACUGCUUUAUCAAACAUCGCGGUCGACGAAAUUAAUCGAAAACGAUUGAUUCAAACCGAACCAAAAUUGGUUAGUCAAUUAGUGGUCCUGAUGAACUCGCAAUCUCCAAGAAUCCAAUGCCAAGCCACUUUGGCCCUCAGAAAUUUGGCGUCCGACCCUGCUUAUCAAUUGGAAAUUGUUAGAAAUGGCGGAUUGGCUCAUUUGGUGCAAUUACUAAAAUCUACCCAUCAACCAUUGAUUUUGGCCGCCGUGGCCUGUAUCAGAAACAUAUCUAUUCACCCAUUGAACGAAGGCUUAAUUGUCGAAGCAGGGUUCUUGAAUCCUCUUGUGAGAUUAUUGGAUUAUAGAGAUAACGAAGAAAUCCAAUGCCACGCGGUUUCCACUCUUAGAAAUUUGGCGGCGUCAUCAGAAAAGAAUAGGCUAGCAUUAUUGGAUGCCAACGCGGUUCAAAAAUGUAAAGAAUUGGUUCUCAAAACUAAGGGAGCGGUGCAAUCGGAAAUCAGUGCGUGCUUUGCUAUUCUUGCACUUGCUGAUGAUUUGAAACAAAAACUUUUGGAACUUAACAUCAUUGAUGUUUUGAUCCCAUUGACGUUCAGUGAUAAUAAUGAAGUUGGUGGCAACUCUGCUGCUGCGUUGGCCAAUUUGUGCUCAAGAAUUGAUAACUAUGAUUAUAUCAUCAAUGAUUGGGAUCAACCAAACGACGGGAUUUGUGGAUUUUUGAUCAGAUAUUUGAACAUGAGUAAUACCACUUUUGAACAUAUUGCUCUUUGGACAAUUUUACAAUUGUUGGAAAGUGAUAACAGAAAGAUCCUUGAAUUGAUCAAAUCUAAUGCUAAUAUUAUGAACGGGGUGAAGAAGUUGCACAUUGAAAACUCGCCACCUAAAGAAGAAGAAAAUAGUGAAAUUGCCCACCAGGAUGGUCCAACUGCAGAGGUUUAUAAUUUGACCGAGCAGAUCUUGGCGUAUCUUGAUUGA